CAACCACCCAACAAGCUGCCGUCCUCGUCAACCCCGGCCCCAACUACCAAAUCCACCUCCGCGAUGACAUGCCCGUCCCCCAGCCCCAAGACCACCAAGUCCUGGUCAAACUAACCUGUACCGGUCUAUGGUAAGCACCUCCCCUUUCUUCCCCUCUCUAACAUCCCCUAAACAAACCCCAACCACCAUACCAACCAGCCACUCCGAGAUCCGCGCCUCCCUCGCCUGGGCCACCUACAACCCCAUCCUCGGGCACGAAGGCAUCGGCACCGUGAUUCAAACACCCCGCAACAACCCCUCUCUAUCAGAAUGGCUCCACGUCCGCGUCGGCAUAAAAUGGCUCCAUAACGCCUGCACGACCUGCUCCGUCUGCACGCGCGGCUCCCCGCACUACUGCCCCCACCAAGUCAACACCAGUCGACACGUCCCAGGAACCCUCCAACAAUACGUGCUCGCAGACGCGCGCUUCCUAACACGUAUUCCGGUUGGCCUCGCAGACGAGCUCGCCGCCCCGUUACUAUGCGCGGGGUUAACCAUGAUGGGAGCACUGGGUCGCUUAGACGGCCUCAUAUCGCCCGGCGAGUGGGUCGUGAUAUCCGGAAGUGGGGGUGGUCUCGGACACAUCGGAUGCCAGAUCGCAUCACGGGUAAAAGGGUGGAGAGUGAUUGCGAUCGAUCACGGGGAGGAGAAGAGGAGGUUGAGUUUGGAGGCUGGGGCGGAGGUGUUUGUGGAUUUUCGGGAUGAGGAGGAUGUGGGGGCGAGAGCGUUGAAGACGGCGCAGGACGUAAUUCGACAUAUGGGCGUCAUGGUUUGUGUGGCCUUGCCGGAGAAUGGUGUCGAGUUGCCAGUUUCGGCUACGGGGUGUGCGGCGAGGGGGAUCACGAUUGUGGGAUCGUCGGUGGGGACGGAGGAGGAGAUGGUGAGGUUGUUGGAGUUGGCGGUUUUGGGGGUGGUUAGGCCUGAAGUGAGGGUUUAUGGGUUUGAGGAGACGGAGAAGGUGAUUAGGGGGUUGGAGAGGGAUGGGAUUACUGGGAGGGCGGUGGUGAGGAUUCCGGGGUGAAGUCAUUCAUAGUUGUGUUGCCAGUCUUCCGGAACUCAGCUGCGGAUCUAGUUUACCUCAAAAAAGAGAGGUAUGAAUCAGUGCCUUGUGACUAGCUGAGUUGGUGAACUACAAGAUUCACUCCUAGAAGCCCACCGAACAGUACCAUCAUGACUGGACUGUAAAUGGCAAUCGAUAAUAUCUAGGCAUAAUGAAUGUGCAUAUUCAUAAGGAAAACUAGCCAGGCUCCCGCAGAAAACAUGGAAAGUUUCUGAUAUCUCAGGAGAUGCCUAAAGGUGGUGCCUAGGAUUGUGAAGGUGUCGGCAGUGGUAU